GAAAUCCGUCCGCUCAUGACGGACAUUAUCACUAUGCUCCUGUGGGUGGCCAUUUAUCCACAUACUCUUACUUUAACGUAAUAACAUCGAUAAGAUAUGUGGCAAAGACAAAAGCCAAAAUAAUGAUCCUAAUCGAUUAUUUAACAAACUUUCAGAAGAAAACCACGAUGACAUCAAGUCCAAGCCCUUCAGUGGCACCUCCGAACCUGGCCUUACUUCUAUCAGCUGUCACAAUAAACGGAUUACUUAUUAUCUUGGGUACACUGGGUAAUCUACUGGUACUUAUGGUUAUUUUGCUCAACAUUCGACUUGCAACACCAUCUAACCUGCUUCUUGGUAACCUGGCCCUAAUUGAUUUACUAAGUCUGUUUGUCGUUGCUCCUGGUGGCAUCUAUAAAUAUCUGUGCAGGAAAGGUUUUUGUCACGUCCCAGAAGAGUUUGUCGUGGCAAAUCGUGCACUUUCGCAGUUCAUCGCACCUGCUGCGGUCUCAAGUUUACUAUCGAUCGCCGUAGACCGUAUUUUAUCCAUUAAAUAUCCCUUCAAAUACACUUCUAUUAUGACAAAACGACGUGCAGUCGUUCUUAUCUGCCUUACAUGGCUUUUAGGGGCAUGUAUAUCGGCUGUUUUUAUGGUAUUGAACUUUGUUUAUAUACAGCCUGCAUACUGCACUGUCAUUAUAUUGGUGACAAUAAUUUUGUACCUUCAUAUCUUCUUGUUUGCACUGAAAAAAGAGAGGCAGAUCGCCAGUUUACAGAUUUCGAACGUGCAACGAAAUACAAACUUUUUACAUGAGCGAAAGUCGACGAGAACAAUGGCAAUAAUUCUUGGUGUAUUUUGUGCUGCAUGGAUCCCAGCUCUUAUAUUUUACUCAGUUGUUUUUCCGAAUAAUCCAAGAUACUUCGACAUACAGACCUGGAUCAACAUAAUAUACUAUUUAAAUGCUUCUUUAAAUCCAUAUAUUUACUGCGUACGAAGCGCGAACUUUCGCAAGACAAUAAGAAAGGUGGUAAAGUCUUGUAUGAUUCGUUACAGCUGACAACUGGCCGGGACUACCCAAUGACUUGAGUUUCCAAGAGAACCCUGCCAAAGCAUGUAUAACUGAGGAACAUGACAGGAUACCUUACAGGUGCAAAACAUGUGGAUAUUAGGACUUUAAUAUCAUGAUGAUUAUAUUUUAUCUAGAGAAAGAUUUUAUUUAUUGUAAAGCAAAGAAAUUUAAAAAUUCAAAAUUAAACUGUUAGUAAAUUCAGAUUUACGCAAAAAUAUUAAUUGUAAUUUAACGUAUGGUUAGCAUUACUGCAAUGGUUUCUCAGGAAAGUAGAUCGCAGAAAAGCUUUCCGAGAUCUUUCAGAUUAAUGACAAUCAGACAGAAAUCCUGCCUCCUGUGCUCCUCUUCAUAACUAAC